UGGUCAGUUGUGGAGAUGUCUGAUGUCUGUGAUCAGUGUGAAUACGCUGUUUCUUCGUGUGUUUAUCAUGUGACUGAGAGGAGAGACGAGGAAUCAUGUGAGAGCUCUGUCAGCAUGUUGUGUCUGUGUGAAGGUAUGGAGUCUGCAGCCAAUCAGUGUGAGGACGGACACACACGAUGUGAGGAGCAGGACAGCCAGACUGACUCUCACAGGAUCCAGAUGACACCUGACUGUGCUGAGCCUGAUCCCAGCUGUGUGUCAGUGAAGAGUAACUGGUCAAUGGAGAGUCCGCUGCACUUCGAAGAUGGACGCCACCCUGUUGACCAAAGAGUGAACCAGGAGAUCCCAGAUGUUCCCAGUGGUCAGUCAGCCCAGCAGCAACAAACACACCUGGACUCUGUAUUCACGCUGCUGGAGGAAGAAAUUGUCACCUUUGUGAAGAACGAGCUGAAGAGGUUUCAGAGGGUUCUGAGUUCAGAUUACCCAGAAUGCUCAGAGAGUCAGUGCGAGGAUGAGGAGGUGUUGGAUGGUGAAGACGACAAGCAGAUGAGGAGCAGCAGAGAGGCGUUCCUGAAGAUCACACAGCACUUCCUGAGGAGAAUGAAGCAGGAGGAGCUGGCUGACUGUCUGCAGAGCAGACAACCUGCUCCAGUUUAUCAGCUUAAACUUAAGUCUAACCUGAAGAGGAAGUUCCAGUGUGUGUUUGAGGGAGUCGCUAAAGCAGGAAACCCAACCCUUCUGAACCAGAUCUACACGGAGCUCUACAUCACAGAGGGAGGGACUGCAGAGGUCAAUGAUGAACAUGAGGUCAGACAGAUUGAAACAGCGUUCAGGAAAUCUUUCAGACCCGAGACGACAAUCAGACAAGAAGACAUCUUUAAAGCCUCACCUGGAAGAGACAAACCAAUCAGAACAGUGCUGACAAAGGGAGUGGCUGGCAUCGGGAAAACAGUCUUAACACAGAAGUUCACUCUGGACUGGGCUGAAGACAAAGACAACCAGGACAUACAGUUCACAUUUCCAUUCACUUUCAGAGAGCUGAAUGUGCUGAAAGAGAAAAAGUUCAGCCUGGUGGAACUUGUUCAUCACUUCUUCACUGAAACCAAAGAAAUCUGCAGCUUUGAAGAGUUCCAGGUUGUUUUCAUCUUUGACGGUCUGGAUGAGUGUCGACUUCCUCUGGACUUCCACAACACUGAGAUCCUGACUGAUGUUAGAGAGUCCACCUCAGUGGAUGUGCUGCUGACAAACCUCAUCAGGGGGAAACUGCUUCCCUCUGCUCGCCUCUGGAUAACCACACGACCUGCAGCAGCCAAUCAGAUCCCUCCUGAGUGUGUUGACAUGGUGACAGAGAUCAGAGGGUUCACUAAUCCACACAAGAAAGAGUACUUCAGGAGGAGAUUCAGAAAUGAGGAGCAGGCCAGCAGAAUCAUCUCCCACAUCAAAACAUCACGAAGCCUCCACAUCAUGUGCCACAUCCCAGUCUUCUGCUGGAUCACUGCUACAGUUCUGGAGGAUGUGUUGAAGACCAGAGAGGGAGGAGAGCUGCCCAAGACCCUGACUGAGAUGUACAUCCACUUCCUGGUGGUUCAGGCCAAAGUGAAGAACAUCAAAUAUGAUGGGAAGUCUGAGACAGAUCCACACUGGACUCCGGAGAGCAGGAAUAUGAUUGAGUCUCUGGGAAAACUGGCUUUUGAUCAGCUGCAGAAAGGAAACCUGAUCUUCUAUGAAUCAGACCUGACAGAGUGUGGCAUCGAUAUCACAGCAGCCUCAGUGUACUCGGGAGUGUUCACACAGAUCUUUAUAGAGGAGAGAGGACUGUACCAGGACAAGGUGUUCUGCUUCAUCCAUCUGAGUGUUCAGGAGUUUUUGGCUGCUCUUCAUGUCCAUCUGACUUUCAUCAACUCUGGAGUCAAUCUGUUGUCAGAAGAAAAGUUUACAAGAAGAGAAGAAUCUGCAAAGACAAACUUCUACCAGAGUUCUGUGGACGAGGCCUUAGAUAGUCCAAACGGACACCUGGACUUGUUCCUGCGCUUCCUCUUGGGCUUGUCUCUGCAGACCAAUCAGACUCUCCUAGGCGGCCUGCUGGCACAGUCAGGAAGUAGCCCACAGACCAAUCAGGAAACAAUCCAGUACAUUAAGGGAAAGAUAAGUACAGCUCUUUCUUCAGAGAAGAGCAUCAAUCUAUUUCACUGUCUGAAUGAACUGAAUGAUCGUUCUCUAGUGGAGCAGAUCCAACAGUACCUGAGAUCAGGACAUCUCUCAACAGAUAAACUGUCUCCUGCUCAGUGGUCAGCUCUGGUCUUCAUCUUAUUGUCAUCAGAAAAAGAUCUGGACGUGUUUGACCUGAAGAAAUACUCUGCUUCAGAGGAGGCUCUUCUGAGGCUGCUGCCAGUGGUCAAAGCCUCCAACAAAGCCCUAUUGAGUGGCUGUAACCUCUCAGAGAGGAGCUGUGAAGCUCUGUCUUCAGUUCUCAGCUCAAAGUCCUCUAGUCUAAGAGAGCUGGACCUGAGUAACAACAACCUGCAGGAUUCAGGAGUGAAGCUGCUGUCUGCUGGGCUACGGAGUCCACUCUGUGCCCUGGAAACUCUCAGGUUGUCAGGCUGUUUGAUCACAGGGGAAGGCUGUGCUUCUCUGGCCUCAGCUCUGAGCUCCAACCCCACCCAUCUGAGAGAGCUGGACCUGAGCUACAAUAAUCCAGGAGACUCAGGAGUGAAGCUGCUCUCUGCUGGACUGGAGGAUCCAGAGUGGAGACUGGACACUCUCAGGGUGGAGCCUUGUGGAGUCCAGUGGUUGAGACCAGCUCUGAGGAAGUAUUCCUGCGAACUCACGCUCGACACAAACACCGUAAACAGAAACAUCAAACUGUCUGACAACAACAGGAAGAUGACACAUGUGGAGGAGGAGCUGCCGUACCCUGGUCAUCAAGACAGAUUUGACUGGUGUCAGCUGCUGUGUAGAAACAGUCUGACUGGUCGCUGUUACUGGGAGGUGGAGUGGAGAGGAGGGGCUUUUAUAUCAGUGAGUUACAGAGAAGUCAGCAGGACAGGAGACAGUGAUGACUGUUUGUUUGGAUUAAAUGAUCAGUCCUGGAGUCUGGACUGCUCUGAUGUUGGUUACUAUGCCUGUCACAAUAAGAUGGUGACAACCAUCUCCUCCUCCUCCUCCACCUCCUCUGUCUCUAACAGAGUAGCAGUGUAUGUGGACUGUCCUGCUGGCACUCUGUCCUUCUACAAAGUCUCCUCUGACUCACUGAUCCACCUGCACACCUACAACACCACAUUCACUGAACCUCUUUAUCCUGGGUUUAGGCUCUGGUCUGGUUCCUCAGUGUGUCUGUGUCCUCUGUAGGAGGAAGAGUCGCCUCCUGUUGGAGAAACUUUCUCAUAGAUGACCAAAUAGUUCAGUCUGUAGAUGACCACACAACGCAGAUGUUGCCAAUACGAUGACCAUGUUUUCAUAACUGCAGACAGCGCACCCUGCAUUCAUACAGUGCAAGGAGAUUCUUUUCAAAUGGACAGCAAUGCCACCAAGACAUGGAAGAGAAUAUAAUAUCCUAUGUUUUUACAUUUACAUCGAGCAGUAUCAAGACAAAACAGAGCAAAUGCAUGGCGACGAAUAAGUGAGGAUGUUGUAGCCAGUUGUGUGAAAUAUUCUGUUAAAAAAAUGUGUCAGUUGUUUUUUGGUUAAAAUAGAUACUGACCCAGGACCAGAAUCAGUUCAGCAUUUAGAAGACAGUGACAAGAUCACAUCAGGAGCAAGAUGUUGGUGCAGCGAGUUAAGUAGACUCACUGAGGAGAACAUACCUUUACAAUGUUCAUGUGUUGUUGUUGUUGUUGUUGUUGUUGUUGUUGUUCUUCUUCUUCUUCUUCUUCUUCUUUAUUUUUUUAUUUUUUUAUUACACUGUGUUCACUUGUUAUUUUCACAGUAAGUCGAUGUAUUACUUUCUGUUUCUUGUCAGUUUCCUGGUUAGCUUUAGGCAACAAGUAUACUUGGCAUAUGGUGUAUUGUUUUUUUUAUUAGGUAACAUACUUAAUGGUAAAUGUCAAUUAAAGGGCUUAAAAAAACA